UUCAGAAAAAAAUGCUCCAUUCUUCAGUAAGAUGACAUAUUCCUGGUUCAGCAGACUAAUUACUUUAGGCUAUAAGAAACCUUUGGAAAGAGAAGACCUUUUUGAACUGAGUGAAAGUGAUUCCUCCUACACUGUAUGUCCUAUCUUUGAAAAACAAUGGAGGAAAGAAAUUUUAAGGAAUCAAGAGAGGCAAAAAGUCAAGGAGUCUUCUCACAAAGAGGCAUCUACUGGGAAACCAUCUCUCCUCUAUGCAUUGUGGAACACCUUUAAGACUCUCCUGGUUCAAGUCACUUUAUUCAAAGUGUUGGCUGAUGGUUUAUUUUUCUUUAGCCCAUUCAUAAUGAAGCACAUUAUCAUUUUCUGUGAACACAGCUUAGAUUCUGGCUGGAUUGGCUGCGGUUAUGCAGUGGCACUUUUUGUUGUAGUCCUUUUACAAACCCUGAUCCUUCAGCAAUAUCAACGUUUUAACAUGCUCACCUCAGCAAAAAUUAAAACAGCUGUAAUUGGACUGAUCUACAAAAAGUCCCUGCUUUUAUCAAAUGUCUCUCGAAAAAAGUUUUCUACUGGGAAAGUUAUUAACUUGAUGUCAGCAGAUGCCCAGCAGCUCAUGGACUUGACCGAAAACCUCAGUCUCCUCUGGUUAGGCCCUGUUCGAAUCCUGGUGGCCAUAGCCCUCCUUUGGAAAGAGCUAGGCUCAGCCGUACUAGCAGGGGUGGCAGUCCUUGUGUUUGUCAUACCAAUAAAUACUUUAGCUGCAACAAAAAUUAAAAAGCUGAAGAAAAGCCAAAAAAAGAACAAAGAUAAACAGAUAAAACUACUCAAAGAAAUCUUACAUGGAAUUAAGAUUCUCAAGCUUUAUGCUUGGGAACCCUUCUAUCAAAAUAAGAUUAUGGAAAUUCGAGAUCAGGAAUUGGAAUUUAAAAAAUCAGCUGGGUAUCUUACCAUAUUCUCUAGGAUGGCGUUAACUUGCAUUCCAUUCUUGGUGUCUCUGGUGACCUUUAGGGUUUAUUUAUUACUGGAUGAAGAAAAUAUUUUAACCGCCACAAAAGUGUUUACAUCUGUGUCUUUGUUUAAUAUUUUAAGGAUUCCUCUGUUUGAAUUGCCAGGGGUGAUCUCAACAGUGGUCCAGACAAGACUAUCUUUGAGUCGUCUGGAAGACUUUCUCAAUGCUGAGGAGCUGCUUCCUCAAAACACUGAAACAAACUACAUAGGAGAUUAUGCCAUUGGGUUCACAAAGGCAUCUUUCUCCUGGGAUAAAACAGGGAUUCCAGUACUAAAAGACUUGAAUAUCAAGAUUCCAGAAGGAGCUUUGCUGGCUAUUGUAGGGCAAGUUGGGUCUGGAAAAUCAUCUUUGCUCUCUGCCAUGCUGGGAGAAAUGGAGAAGCUUACAGGAGUUGCCCAAAGACAGGGCUCUGUGGCUUAUGUUUCUCAGCAGGCCUGGAUUCAGAAUUGCAGUUUGCAAGAAAACAUUCUCUUUGGCUCCAUCAUGCAGAAGCAGUUUUAUGAGCGAGUGUUGGAAGCCUGUGCUCUCCUUCCCGAUUUGGAGCAGUUACCAAAUGGAGAUCAAACUGAGAUUGGAGAAAGAGGUGUGACUCUAAGUGGGGGCCAGAAGCAUCGAGUCAGUCUGGCCAGAGCUGUCUACAGUGGGGCUGACAUCUACCUCCUGGACGAUCCCUUAUCUGCCGUGGACGUUCAUGUUGGAAAGCAGCUUUUUGAAAAAGUAAUAGGGUCCUUAGGCCUUUUGAGAGACAAGACUCGCAUUUUAGUGACAAACAACCUCACACUUCUGCCACAAACGGAUCUUAUUGUUGUAAUGGAGAAUGGGAGGAUUGCGCAAAUGGGAACCUACCAGGAGCUGCUCUCUAAGACCAAAAGCCUCACUAAUUUGCUUCAGGUCUUCCGUGAACAUGAAAAAACUCAUGCUGUAAAACAAGUCAGUGUGAUCAACUCCAGAACUAUGCUGAAGGACCAAAUCCUGGGGCAAAAAGACAGGCCUUCUUUGGAUCAAGGAAAACAAUUUUCAAUGAAAAAAGAAAAUAUUCCUACUGAGGGGGUGAAGUUCUCAGUCAUUCUGAAGUAUCUCCACGCCUGCACCUGGCCCUGGGUGUGGCUGGUGGUGGCCACUUACCUAGGGCAGAAUUUGAUGGGCUUUGGACAGAAUCUGUGGCUUAGUGCCUGGGCACAGGGAGCCAAACACAUGGAUGAGUUCACAGAAUGGAAGCAAACGAGAAGCUCUAAGCUCACUAUCUACGGAUUAUUGGGAUUAAUACAAGGUCUCUUUGUCUGCUUGGGAGCCUAUGUAGCCACCAGAGGGUCCCUGACGGCCUCUCGGGCCCUGUAUGUGCAGCUGCUGAAUAACGUGCUGCACCUCCCACUACAGUUUUUUGAAACUACCCCCAUAGGCCAAAUCAUCAGCCGCUUCACCAAGGACAUAAAUAUAAUUGACACACGCUUUCAUUACCAUUUACGAACCUGGAUAAAUUGUACGCUGGACAUUGUUGUGACAGUUCUGGUCAUUGCAGGAGCUUUGCCACUCUUCAUUCUGUGGAUUAUUCCCUUGAUUUUCUUUUAUUUCUCCAUACAAAGACGUUACAUGGCGAGCUCACGGCAGCUUCGGCGGAUGGCAGGAGCUUCUCGUUCUCCUGUCAUAUCCCACUUUAGUGAGACGUUAGCGGGCGUGUCCACUAUCAGAGCUUUUGGACACCAGCACAGAUUCAUCCAGCAGAACAAGGAGGUGGUGAAUGAGAACUUGGUCUGUUUCUACAAUAAUGUAAUUUCAAACAGGUGGCUGUCGGUUAGACUUGAAUUUCUUGGCAACACAGUGGUGUUCUUUACUGCACUGCUGGCUGUGCUGGCUGGAGACUCCAUAGAUUCAGCCGUAGUUGGUUUAUCUAUAUCCUAUGCCCUAAAUAUUACUCAUUCCUUGAAUUCUUGGGUGAGGAAGGUAUGUGAAAUUGAAAACAAUGCCGUUUCCAUUGAAAGAGUUUGUGAAUAUGAAAAUAUGGAUAAAGAGGCACCUUGGAUAAUGUCUAGAAGGCCUCCACAACAGUGGCCCAAUAAAGGGAUAGUGGAAUUUAUUAAUUUUCAGGCUCGAUACCGAGAUGAUCUUGGCUUAGCAUUACAAGAUAUCACUUUCAAGACUCGUGAAGAAGAAAAGGUUGGAAUUGUGGGAAGGACCGGAGCAGGCAAAUCAACGCUGUCGAAUUGCUUAUUUAGAAUUGUGGAGAGAUCAGGAGGCAAAAUUAUCAUUGAUGGAAUCGAUAUAUCCACUAUUGGACUUCACGACCUUCGGGGCAAACUUAAUAUUAUUCCACAGGACCCUGUUUUAUUUUCUGGAACCCUUCAAAUGAACCUGGAUCCCCUAAAUAACUAUUCUAAUAGUGAGCUGUGGGAGGUGCUGGAACUGUGUCACUUAAAAGAGUUGGUGCAGUCCCUUCCUGAGAAGCUGCUGUACGAGAUUUCAGAGGGUGGUGAGAACCUCAGUGUGGGACAACGGCAGCUUGUCUGUCUUGCUCGCGCUUUGCUUCGAAAAACAAAAAUUCUCAUUUUGGAUGAGGCAACGGCCUCCAUUGACUUUGAGACAGAUAACCUGGUGCAGACCACAAUCAGGAAGGGAUUUUCUGAUUGCACCAUCCUGACGAUUGCCCAUAGACUGCAUUCCAUCAUUGAUUCAGACAGGGUGCUUGUUCUAGACUCUGGAAGGAUUGUAGAAUUUGAAGCACCACGGAAUUUGAUAGCUCAGAAAGGACUUUUCUUUGAGAUGACAAGAGAAGCUGGAAUAACAUCAGAUUCCGAGACAAAAACAUAA